AUGGGAGUGCUGGAAUCGUUAAAGAAGUCUUCGUUUGUACACUUGCUAUUUGCAAUAACAUUUUUUACCUCUGGUAUAAUUAUUAAUAUACUCCAAAGUAUUUUGUACCUCGGAUUGAAGCCAUUCUCAAAGUAUUAUUAUCGAAAAAUAAAUUACUAUCUUUGUUAUUCGUUUUACUGUCAAUUAGUUUUUAUGGCUGAAUGGUGGUCAGGUACGGAAUUAACUAUUUAUAUUGACAAAAAUGACUUUGAUAAAUAUUAUGGCAAAGAGCAUGGUUAUUUAUUGAUGAACCAUAGUUACGAAAUUGAUUGGCUAAUUGGAUGGAUGUUCUGUGAUAGAAUAAAAAUGUUAGGGAAUUGCAAAGCAUACGCUAAAAAAUCAAUCCAAUACAUCCCAACGCUAGGCUGGGCAUGGAAAUUUGCAGAAAGUGUAUUUUUAGAACGAAGUUGGGAUAAAGAUAAAGAAACAAUUGGCCAGCAAAUUAGUGAGCUGGGUGACUACCCUGAUACAAUGUGGUUAUUGCUGUAUGCAGAAGGUACCCGGUUCACCGCUGAGAAACUAGAGCUCAGCCAGAAGUUCGCUAAAGAAAAAGGCCUGCCGAUUUUAAAGCACCAUUUAACGCCACGCACAAAAGGCUUCACCGCAAGUAUUCCUCAUUUAAGAGGCAAGGUUGAUGCCCUCUACGACAUUCAAUUAGCAUUCAACCCGAAAGCCGCUAUUAAACCUACUAUGACUAAUUUACUGCGCGGCGAAAAGGUUGAAGCGCACAUACGAUAUUAUUCAUUAUUAAAUACUAUUUUUUGGGCACUUAUUGUAUUAGUACCAAUGCUUUAUUAUCUUGUUAAAUUAUUUAUCUCUGGGUCAACAAUUGCUUUUACAUUUGGCGUUGGAAUUAUUGUUUUAUUUUUCUUACUAAUGUACAAAACAAUUGGAAUGUCUGAAAUAAGCAAAAGUUCAUCUUACGGAGCCGCGACGUCUAAGAAAACAAAUUGAAGCCAA